GGUGGACGCUAACCAGAUGACCACAAUCUCGCUCGCAACGGAGUCUUCCUUCGGCUCGUCGCGUUCGACUCAUCAUCGCAUCGGACCGUCCGGACCGUUGUGCAAUGUCGCUCUCGUAAAAAGUGCCAGCAAAGCCGAAUGCAUAGAGGGCCGCUCUUUUGGUUGCGAGAUGCGGCACGGGCGGCCGACGGUGUGGGUUCGAAACUGCCGUGGAAACUUCCGAUGCGCAGGCCACAACAGGGCGGUGCCUUGCGGUUUCCCGCCGGGCCAAGCCUCGUACGAAUGCCACUGUGACGGGAGCCGCCGCCGCGCAGCUCCCCGUCUCGCCUGUCCUGAGGCGAGGCCGUCGCUGAAUCGCUCCUUCGCAUCUGCGGCAGACCUCGGCGAGUGGGAGGGGUACCUCUCCUUCGUGUACGGCCUGGACACGAUCCAGUUCCCACUUCACCUCUCCGCUCUUCAUUUCUUCUACCGCGACAGGCUGCCGGGCCGCGUGCUCCAAUCGCUGCAGAUCAUCGAGGCGGGGUCGCCCUGCCCAAUCAAGUCUGGCGACCUCUACUCUCUGGGUGGUCUGCUUUCCGCGGCCCACGUCUACCGAUGCCACCUACGCCAGUCGUGCCGGGCGCCGAGUGGGCCGCACAGACGGGCCGACUUGUCGUCGUUUGAGCCAGACCCGACGGGGUUGCCGAGUCACUCAUUCGCCGAGGUUGCACCGAGCCGCGCGCGUGUAUCACACUCCUGGGCGCAGCCUUCCCCGAAUCCAACUCCACUGCGCCGCGGCUGACUGUGGCGCUCCCUCCCACCCUCAUGCUCAGGGGAUGCACACAUCGAACGAUCGACUUAAUUGUUGAUAGGUGAUGCACACGUCGGGCGACCCUGUCCACAUGGGGUUCUGGUUCUACCGCGCUCCCGGCUCCGGGGUGUUUCUCAACCUCGGCAACACCACGGCGUUCACGAAUCACAAGCAGGCCGUCGACCACUUUUGUCCGCAAGGGGUGGGGAAGGGGGAGUGCGCCUCGCUCGGGCGAGCGAUGGGGGCCGAGGUUGCCAUCCUGAGACGGGCCUAUGCGAGCGGGCUGGAUACGGUGCAGUUCACGGACUUCUUCGAGGGCUUCAACAAAGGCGGGUCUGCGGGCGUGCUCAAGCCAGAGAUCCUGUGGACGCACUGGGACCAGAUCGCCUACACCAGCCCGUACAAGGGCGGAGGGCCCACGAUGCAUACGCGCAGCUGCAUCCCGCCGGCCCACGCGCAUAUUCUGAGAGGGGGGUGGAACGCGUCGGUGCCGUGCCACUGCGUCGGCGUAAAGCCAAGGCAGCACGGGGCGGCGCCGUAUAUGCACUGCAUGAAGUGGGGGCAGCUGACUUCCGAUUGAAAGGGGACGGCGGCCG